CGAAACUCUCGCCCUGUGAAGCUCUGAGAGCCAUUUUUGUUUCAUGGUAGAGGGAGCUCGGUGGGUCUCGUUUCAAUGCUCUCAGAAAGGACUCGGUAAAAGACACCUGAAGUCCCUAUGCAUACGAGCUUUGAAGGUGCACCAUGAAUUGUGAAGAUCUGGGCAUGUUAAGGGUAGUUCACUCCUGGGCCAGAUUUGCUCCAGCGGGUCAAGCUGCCCUUGAUGAAGCCCUGAGAGUCUUUAACCCUAUGUCAAAGGAUUUGUCAGACACUGAGAGACAAAUGGUGUCCUUUCUUCAAGAGCUAAAGAAAGAGGGAGCCAAGCCUGUGAUAUUGAGGAGCAAAGAUGUGUAUGGAUAUACGUCUUGCACUACACAGCCCCUAGCAUCCAAGAUGGGUAGCAAGGUUCCUAGAGUUCAGAAACCUUGCAAGAAGCGAGGACGAAAAGGGUUAACCAAGGUCAGGGACGUAAAUUACUCCGUCCUCAGUAGAGCGGCCAAGAAUAUUCUCCAAAACCAACCCAAGAUCCUGCUUACUAACCUCUCGGUGGACACUCUUAAGCAGUCUUCAUCAAUUGUUCAUAAACGUUCUGUUCAAGAGCAGCAGUGCCUGAAGCUGACAAAUAUAAAGGGAUUGACCGGGGGCCACACUGCAAGGCUGCAAAUUCACUUUGGAGGAGAUUCCCGAAGCACACCCAGUACUGCUUUGAGGCGACCACCAGACCUCUCUGGUAUUCCAUACUCCAUCACGGAAAAUGGCAGUCCGAUAUCAAACGUUGUUGCCUUGGACAACAAACGUGUUUUGUCUUGUCCAUUCAAAGUAGACAAUGCCCUCAUUGGUGACUCAGCCCCAGUUGUCUGUCAAAAUGGGUACAGUCUUAAAGAUGGUAGAAUUUAUAAAAAGAUCGAAACCAUAGGUAAACCUGAUGCAAUGACAAGGGGUCUAGACAAUGGGUCAGUGAGGAGGCUCCAUUUCCAAAGCUUCGAGUGGACCCAUUCAACACUCACCAAUGGUCAAGAUGUCUCUAGAUUGAAUGGAAAUGGUCUCGAGUGGAAGGUUAUAAAAGUAGAUGAUUCAGUCACAGACGAGGAAGUGAGAAGGAAGGCACAGAAAAUCUUGCAAGUUAAUUUGUCGCCUGUGAUACAGAUCCAUCCCCUUGUUGACUCUGUAUAGACCCUUGCUGACCCUGUUUCCCCCUUUGUUAAAUUUUCUUGUUUUGCAGUGUUGCAUUUUGGAAAUGGACUGUAGUUUGAACUCUGGAUGGGAGCAUUGCAGUGUCCAAAUUUUGCAUUGUCGUCAAGUAGUACUGACAUCAGAAUCCAAAGAUGGGAUGUUUUUUCUGUUCUCACAGUAUUUUAUUACCCCAACACAUCCCAACACCCACCGUUUGUUUUAAAUUGUAUCUAUUUUUAUCUAACUUCUGAAGGAUUGGACUAACGAACAAACCCUUAUUUAUGACUAUGCAGUUCCCAGAGUUCUCUUUUUGUUGGAACCUUAUCGUCUUGGACUGCUAGCUAACUGGACUAUGGGAACAGACUGACUUUAUAGAGUGAUUUAUUACAUGCUACUGCUUAAAAGACAAUGACACCCAAAUGUGGGUUGUUGUAGUUGGUCUUUUUCUAUGUUCUUGGUUCCUGUUGAUGUCUAUCACCGUAUCAUCCAGAUUUUUGACAUCCGUUUUGUAAUAUGGUAGUCUGCCGGCAUAGACUGCAUAUUAUGUUUUUGUUUAGAUUCUAACAUGUUCAAAUUGGGGGCACGUUUUUCAUAUUAAUUUAAUAUCAGGGCAAAAUAAAUGGCCUUAUUCUUUAAGAAGUGUGAAAAAGAAAAAAGUCUUUGUUCUCUUUCCUUCCUGAUGUACUUGUUUCUUUCUACACUCAUUCUUUAUAAAUCCUUGUAUUUUUCUUCAAAUGUGCCAACCCUGGUAAUUAGUUUUUUAAUUGUUUUGUUGGUACCAUGACCACAAAGAGUUGCAAAAAAAAAACAAAUGCUUAAGAGUUUUCUGCAUCCUGUUAAGCAGUGGACAGCUAGUCCGUUUAGUUGAAAGUACCUCAAACACUUUAUUGGGAAAAUGUUUGUUGUAAAUCCUACAGUUAAUUAUUUAUAUUGUUCAUUCCAAGCAUCCAGGAGUUGUUGGUCCAUAUCUAUGUUUAAUGGUUUAUGGCCAUCUUUGAAAAAAAUUCGCUUUGUAAGCAUGCUGAAAAUGUUAAAUUGACCCACAAUAUGACUAGACAAACCAGAAAGUCCCAAAUGAUCCAGCACUAGGUUUCAGCAGAAAUAAAGGCAAGUUCUAUAAAGAAAAGAAAAAUUAUCCAGACAGUGUCAUAUUGGAACAAGUCAGAUCGUCCAUUAAUGCUUGGUCAAGGUAUUUCAUUAAUGUCAAAUUUCUGCUUUACCAGGUUUCAUUUGUUAAGGGAAAUGUAUAAUUAAUGUGCUUAAAGCAGAAAUUCUACGGCACAUGCAGGCACAUGAGAUGCUUAAGAAGAUCUAAAUAACCCCCCCCCCCCCCCAAAGAAGAGCAGUUAAUGGCAAUGCAGCAGUUUAUCAGUGCAACAAAGCAAACAUUUAAAACUAUUUAUGUUAGAAAUCCUUUCAGUUGCGAGUUAAUGCCAACCAACAUGGGUCCUGUUAUAAAUCAUCUACCACACGUGAAAUAAGACUUAUUUUCUUGUUAAUCAAAUUGGUUCUUUUCAUGCAGUUGAAUCUGUAACACUCAAAAGCUGUAAAUGUCAGUGUUGUAUCUUUAGUUUCUGUUACCAAGUUGUGAAUUAAAAUAUGUUUAAAAAAUGGU